GAGGAUAUAACAUCGAGAUUUUUUUUUUUUUAAAUCAGACUUGGAAUCACUGUAAACCAUUGCUUGGUACUCAACAGUGUCAUGCUCAUGCAUCUAUCUACAUGUAGCUUUUGCUCAUGAUGGAAUCAUGUGUCAUAGGCAACUCAACACUUCUUCACGUCUUACUACCCGUCCUCCCCCACUUUAUCCGUCGCCUUUUUUUCUUUUCUUUCUGGAUUUCAAACACCCUUCAAGAACGCCCAACUCCUGAGCAAUAUAUGUAUUUCUCUUCGUUUCGAAAAUGGUACGAAGAUGGAAAAUACUGACAAAUUACGAAAAGAGAAAGCCGUGAAAAAUAUAUAUAAAAAAAAGGGGCCCAGCAAGAAUGUUGUAUGAAUGGGGGUAAUAUUGCUCCAACAGAAAAAAGACAAAAGGCUUAUCGGCUGUUGGUCUUGCCAAUACCACGCUUUCCGGCAAGCAAGUGCUUUGUCAGAGAUGCCGUAGUAUGUCUGUCGGCCU